CACACACGCAACGAAAUGGAACUUGACGACUUGAUGAUCGCAGCAGCCGCCGCGUUAGGGUUCAUCUCACUCUGCAAGAACCUGCUCGCCUUUGCCCGGUGGCUGCACGCCGCCUUGGUGAGGAAGCCGAAGAACUUGCGUGACUAUGGCUUGUGGGCCGUCGUCACCGGCCCCACCGACGGCAUCGGGAAAGCCCUGGCCUUCGAGCUGGCCUCCAAGGGCCUCAACCUUGUGCUCGUCGGCCGGAACCCCGACAAGCUUGAAGCCACCUCGAGCGAGCUGAGGGAGAGAUACGGCGCAGCCGUCGAGGUCAAGACCGUGACCGCCGACUUCGCAAAACUGAGCGGAGAGGAGAUAGCGGCGGCGAUGGCCGGAGCAACAGAAGGGCUCGACGUCGGGUUGCUCGUUAACAAUGCGGGGGUGGCUUAUCCAUACCCGAGGUACUUCCACGAGGUGGAUCGAGAGCUGAUGGAGAGCGUGUUGAGAGUGAACUUGAACGCGGUGGUGUGGGUCACGAAGGGAGUGAUCGACGGGAUGCUGAAGAAGAAGAGAGGAGCGAUCUUAAAUAUAGGAUCUGGUUCAAGCGUGUAUGUGUCUUCAUAUCCUCUUCAGACCCUGUAUGCAUCAACCAAAGCUUUUAUGGCAAUGUUCUCGAGAAGUAUCGGCCUUGAGUACAAGGAGCAGGGGAUUGACGUUCAAUGUCAGGUUCCCCUUUUCAUAGCCACAAAGAUGACCAUGUUGAGGAGGCGCCCGCUGCUCGUGCCGUCCGCCGAGAUGUUCAGCCGAGCGAGCGUGCGGUGGAUCGGGUACGAGCUCCAGUGCAACCCCUAUUGGCUACACGCGGUGCAAGGGUUCGUGAUCCGUUCCCUAGACGCGAUCACCAUUCGGUACGGCUCACGCUACCUGAAAUGGAUGAGAAAGGACGGGCUUGAGCACGAUCGCCUUCUUUAGGUCGAAUAUGGCCAUGCACCACAGGAAUUCAUGGGCCGGCGCCGCCUUUGAUGUUGUGCGGCUAGUGUGCAUGAUCUAGUUAUGAGAGUUCGGGGUGGUAGAUAUAAUAACAAAACUCUUGUUGUGGCUCUUUUUGGGAUUGAAA